GGUUAAAAAUCUGUGGUAGACAAUCGAACAAUACAAAACAAAGAACAUACAUCCGUUCCAUUACUAAUAAGACUCCUAUAUAUUCAUUAAAUUGAAUGGCUGAAGUGCAUUUACAUACAUACCAUAGCAAUCAUCCGGUGUUCAUCAUUACCCCUAACCUUCAAUCAACAGCCAAAGUGUGAUCGAUUUUUCUGGAUCCAUGCACCCUCCUUUCCUGGAAGGAUAGGACUGCGGUAGCAGCUGCUAGAUGAGCUUGAGCUUUUUGUCCUCUGCUCCUUGUUCUUUUGCUAAGAGCCGUGACCCAUUUUUUUCCCCCCACCUUGCCCUCCAAGAAUUGGCCGCCCUCCACUUAUAUUUCCUAUUCCUAUUUCUUUCUUGCUGCCCACUUCCAUUAAUUUCAAACACAAACAUAAAAAAGCCACCCCCUCUCUCCCCCUACACCUUUCAUAUACAGCCGAACAGCAGCCAGAAAAAAAGAAAGCCAUGCGGCCGAGUUCCAACGGUGGAACUAAUAAUACGGCCAUGGAGGAGGAAGCAAAGCUCCCCUUGCUCCAACGAAACGACGACGCCCUUAUCCACAAAACAGCCGCCGCCCUCGUCAAGGACAAAAACGUCCCCCACGACGCUGCUGACGACAUCGUGACCAAGGUAUGGACGGAGACGAAGAAGCUAUGGCAUAUAGUGGGCCCCGCCAUCUUCAGCCGCCUCGCUUCUUACUCCAUGCUCGUCAUCACCCAGGCCUUCGCCGGCCACCUCGGAGACCUCGAGCUCGCCGGCAUCUCCAUCGCCAACAACGUCAUCGUCGGCUUCGACUUCGGCCUCCUGCUCGGCAUGGCCAGCGCGCUCGAGACGCUCUGCGGCCAGGCCUACGGCGCCAAGAAGUACUACAUGAUGGGAGUGUACAUGCAGCGGUCGUGGAUCGUCCUCUUCAUCUGCUGCCUCUUUCUCCUGCCGCUCUACCUCUUUGCGACGCCGUUCCUGAAGCUGGUGGGACAGCCGGACGACGUGGCGGAGGUGUCCGGGGUGGCGGCCAUGUGCAUGAUCCCGCUCCACUUCAGCUUCGCGUUCCAGUUCCCGCUCCAGCGGUUCCUCCAGAGCCAGCUCAAGAACAUGGUGAUCGCGUGGAUGGCCCUGCUGGCGCUGGUCGUCCACGUCUUCGUCAGCUGGCUGCUCGUCUACCAGCUCCAGCUCGGCGUGGUCGGAACCGCCAUGACGCUCAACUUCUCGUGGUGGGUUUGGGCCGUGGGAUGCUUCGGGUACGCGGUUUGGGGCGGGUGCCCGCUCACUUGGACCGGGUUCUCCAUGGAGGCGUUCUCCGGGCUCUGGGACUUCGCUCAGCUCUCCGCUGCCUCGGGGGUCAUGCUCUGCCUGGAGAAUUGGUACUACAGAAUACUGAUCUUGAUGACCGGGAAUCUCAAGAAUGCAGAGAUCGCGGUGGAUGCUUUGUCCAUUUGCAUGACCAUAAACGGGUGGGAGAUGAUGAUUCCGUUUGCUUUCUUCGCAGGAACUGGAGUGAGGGUUGCCAAUGAGCUUGGAGCUGGGAACGGGAAGGGAGCCCGGUUCGCCACCCUGGUCUCGGUGGUGCAAUCGGUCAUAAUCGGCUUAUUCUUCUGGCUGCUGAUCAUCAUCUACGACGACAAAUACGGGUGGAUUUUCACCAACAGUAAACCGGUUCUCGAUGCGGUCAACCAGCUGUCCAUCCUCUUGGCUUUUACCGUGCUUCUCAACAGCGUGCAGCCAAUUCUCUCAGGAGUGGCUGUAGGGUCGGGAUGGCAGAAGUAUGUGGCCUACAUAAACUUGGGCUGCUACUAUCUCGUUGGAGUCCCUCUAGGGUUUUUGAUGGGCUGGGGCUUCGACCUGGGAGUCAAGGGAAUCUGGGCUGGAAUGAUAUUUGGAGGAACAGCGUUCCAGACACUGAUAUUGGCCAUCAUAACCAUCCGAUGCGAUUGGGAUAAAGAGGCAGAGAAAGCAAGAUUACACGUAACCAAGUGGUCAGAAGUCCAAUGAGAAAGAAGUGUUUGAACCAGCAGACAUGGCUGGAAAAGGAAGAUGAUGAUGAUGAUGAAAACGGAUCGAUGUUGGACUAAUUAAUGGCGUUUUCUUUGGCAAGUCAUGGCAAUGGCAAUAUGGAUUAUUAGCUCCAAUAUUCAAUUACCAAAUGCAAAUUAGGGGUUGAUUAUUAGAAUUUUGUUAUCCCAAAAGGAAAAUGUUGUAUAUCAUGUUAACACGAUGAUUUCAUAUCUUAAUAAAAGAAAUCGAUCACGUCAUAACUCAUAAUACAUUAUCUCUUUGCUAAUGCAGCAGUACUAUUAAUGGCCUUGAAUAAGCUUGUAUUAGACUUUUCAUUUGGAGCGAGUCUAUCCUCCUUGGGAUUUGGGCGAAAAUCCAUACUCAUCAAGAGACUGCCUCCGACAAUUUUGUGGGGAUAUUGCAUAUUUUAAUUGUAGUACCUUGUCACCUGUCUCUUUGUUUCUUCGAGAUAUAUGGAUGCCAUGUCUCGACGUUCAUCCAACAAAUCCAAUUCGACAACGCAAACUUUCGUGUUUGUGGAAUCUUGGAAGUGCGCCACCCUAAAAUUUGGGAUGCACAGUUACACUAGAAUGACCGUUUUGUUUUCAGAUGUUAUCACAAAACAUUAAGUUAGUUUGAUACCUCCUUUGUUACAAUGAGUUGCAUGUCCGCGAUAAAAUCAACGAAAGUGGCUAACUAGGUCAAAGCACCAGCACCCACAUCCUCUUUCCUUGGAAUGUGCAUGAAGGUUACAUCACAAAACCACGCGCUCUUAUGUUUGACACUCUCCAUGCACGCCUCUAAGGAUUCCUCCUUGACAUCAUAUACGCCAUGCAACUAGUUAACCACCAGAACCGAAUCUAUACUUACGGCGAUCUUCUGCACCCCCUGCUCUCGUGCCAUUCGGCAACGUUGUUUAUCUUCAAGGUUGAAAACCAUAGUGCCACUUUAUGCUUGGCGCCUAAUGGACGAAUGAUCACAAUGUCAUCGUUGACACCUACACGGUUUGCUACCCCGUCGACAGUGACUUGCCAUUUGCUAACAUUCUUUGGCUGCCUCCCCUGGAUCAGUUACUCCUUCGAAUGUGAAACCCAUCAAUACAUACGCCUUGACUGGAGGUCGUGGAGCAUACCGAGUGUCAUAUUUUCUCAGCUGGACAUCCCACUUCACAAGGUGGCCUGCCACGUUCUUCAACCCACGUUCCUUUCAAUGGUAGGUUAGUGAGCACCACGAUCGGUUGCGCCUGAAAUUAAAGGCACAACUUAGUUGGAGCAUUGACUAUUGCCAAGGUAGCCUUGUUAAUAGACACGUCACUCAUUUCGUGCCCCACCAUUGUCCUGCUUACGUAGUAAAUUGGGCGCUCAUCAUUUGUCUUCUCAUUCCUGGAUAUCAAUACAACACUCACAACUGUGUGGGAGAUAGCUAUAUCUAGGUACACCACUAUGUUUGCCUUGAGGACCGUCAUACCAGUGGGCUCCGUCGAUAAACUCUUUAAAUGCCCAAAUACUACAUCACAGUCUUUCGUACUUAUGAAGUGUGAUGCUUUUUUCAAACCCUUAAAAAAUAUGGCACCCUUAUCUGCUAACUAAGGUAUAAACUUCCAUAAUUUAACUAUGCGUCCUGUCAAUCCUUGUACUUCCUUAGGCGUUCUAGGUGGUUUAAGGCUCAUGACGACUUCCACUUGCUUUGGGUUGGCCUCUAUUCCUCUCUUUGUAAUCAUAAGACCUAUAAAUUUUUCUAUUUUCG